GCCAGUUCCGUCCUGGGAUGAUCUUGUAGGAGGAGCCUCGCACACCAUUUAUAUUACCGGUUUCCAUAUACAUUGCAUAAAAGAUCACCAGUGCAGUUUAAGUGCAAAUCGAUAUGAACUCAGAAUGCGACAGAGUGGCGAUUAGGCCAUGUCGCCUAAAAUAUAAUAAAUUACUGUAUCAAGGAAAGUGAUCGAAUAUCCGAGAGGAGAUAAGAGCGCCGCACGACUUGUUCAUUCUUCACAGGACACUAUCUCUCCACGGAUAGACUGAAACGUAAUGGGGGUCAUAGUAGUGGUGAGCUGUAUCUUGUUAUUUAUCCUGGUGGAUGUUAUUGUCACCACUGUCCUCUACUUACAUGGUUGCCAGACUGCAAUAUUCACAGAGGAUGUGCAGAACUUUGACAUUCUCCACUCCGUCCUGGACCUCUGGGGGACUAUGCUGGUCAGAGUCUGCCUUCUGCUUGGGGCCUCCAUAGGGGUGUUAUGGAACAGAGUGGACGGCCCAUGCAGGGUCUCUGCCCUGGGGACCCUGACUCUCCUAAUCUGCCUGACCGUCAGCACCUAUGCCUUAGCUAAGCUCCUGAUGCUCUCGGAGCAGGGCGAUCUGGCGCACCAACCCUGGUUCCUCAGUCUGUUUUCCUGGACCUGUGUGUCAGUGCUGGGGACCGUGCUCCUCUGGAGGCUCCUGGGAAGGGCUCCUAACACUGUGACUGACGGAGAGGGAGAUGGUGGAGGAAAUGUCUGUGAGGAGACUGAGAGGCUAGUGGAGGCAGCAGGAGAGAAUGGCACUGAGGAGGUGGAGGAGCAGCAGAAGCAUGGGGAGAAGAAGAGGAGUAGGGCGAGCAGGAAAGGAACAGAGGACCAGAAGAACUCAGGGGCCACACUGGGGCGUCUGCUGUCCUACUGCAGUAAAUACGCUGGGCUGCUCUCUGUAGCCUUCCUCUUCCUCCUCAUCUCUGCUGUGUGUGAGGCCUUCAUCCCCUACUACACUGGGCAGGCUAUAGAUGGCAUUGUUAUUCACAAGAGUAUGGAGUACUUCACCAAGCCCCUGAUCACUCUCACAGUGUUGGCCUUAGUCAGCUCUAUAGCUAUUGGAGUACGAGGUGGCCUCUUUAAUCUAACCUUUGCCAGACUGAAUCUUCGCCUGCGGAAUCUUCUCUUCAGAUCUCUGAUGCGUCAGGAGGUGGGCUUCUUUGACUCUAACCACACAGUUUGUCCUGCAGGUGACAUCACCUCUCGCCUGACCUCUGACACUACUCAAGUGAGUGACCUGAUCUCUCAAAAUGUCAACAUGUUCCUGAGGAGUAUGGUUAAGGGCAUAGGGUUCUUCAUCUUCAUGUUCGGGAUGUCCUGGAAGCUGACUCUGGUCACCAUCAUGGGAUUCCCCUUCAUCGCAGUCAUCUCAAAUGUGUAUGGGGAGUACUACAAGAGAUUGACCAAAGAGGUCCAGACUGCCCUGGCUCAGGCUAACCAGGUGGCCGAGGAAACUGUUUCAUCCAUGAAGACGGUGCGCAGCUUUGCCAAUGAGGAACAGGAGGCUGAUUCCUACUACGGCAGGCUGCAUGUCAUGUUUCAACUGAACAAGAAGCAAGCGUUGGCCUACGCCCUCUACAUGUGGUCCAGUUGUAUCUCAGAACUCGUUCUUCAAGUGGCAAUCCUCUUCUACGGCGGUCACCUGGUCAUUACUGAGCAGAUGAGUGGAGGCACCCUGAUAUCUUUCGUCAUAUAUGAGCUGGAGCUGGGAGAGUGCCUGGAGAGCAUAGCAUCGGUCUACACAGGUCUCAUGCAGGGAGUGGGAGCAGCUGAGAAGGUGUUUGAGUAUAUCGACAGGGAGCCCAAACACCAACAUGAUGGGAAAGAGGUCCCCGACACCUGCAAAGGACUGGUCGAGUUUAAAGAUGUCACGUUUUCCUACCCAACACGGCCCGAAACAGACAUUCUAAAGAGUGUAUCCUUCACGUUGCGGCCUGGAGAGGUGACAGCCUUGGUUGGACCAUCUGGCAGUGGAAAGAGCUCCUGUGUGGGUCUCUUAGAGAAUUUCUACGCCCCACAACAAGGACAGGUGCUGCUGGACGGCCGGCCGGUGCACACCUACCAGCAUGGCUUCCUCCACUCGCGGGUAGCACUAGUGGGCCAGGAGCCUGUCCUGUUCGCCCGUUCUGUAGAGCAGAACAUAACCUAUGGACUGACUGACAUCCCUAUGGAGGCUGUGGUGCAGGCUGCCACCAAGGCAAACGCACACGACUUCAUCACCGGUCUAACCAACGGCUAUAACACAGGAGUGGGUGAGAAGGGCACCCAGUUGUCAGGGGGGCAGAAGCAGCGGGUGGCCAUUGCACGGGCACUCAUCCGCAACCCACGUGUUCUCAUCCUGGACGAGGCCACCAGUGCACUGGAUGCAGAGAGCGAACAUGUUGUCCAGCAGGCUCUGAACAACAUCAUGCGUCAGCACACAGUGCUGGUGAUCGCCCACCGCCUCAGCACAGUGGAGAGGGCAGACAACAUCAUAGUCAUCAACCGUGGCUGUGUGGUAGAGCAGGGGCCACACAGCCAACUGAUGGCCAAGGGGGGGCUCUACUGCAAGCUGGUACAGAGGCAGGUCCUGGGCAUCGAGACGGGGGCCGUUCUUAACCCUCCAGAGGUGGACAUCUGAGGGUGGUAGUCAGCGGAGGCAGAGCGGACAUGAUAGCAGCAGUGCCAGCGAGUCAAAAUGUGAACACCACGCUACUGAGAGAGGUUCCUGGGGCUUUAUUGGUAGCUAACACUGACUGACUGGCACUGCUGAGCAGUGCCUCGAAACCAAGGCAUUACAUUACCCUUGAUGUUUUAUUUGCACAUUAGGUUGAAUAGAUUCAACUCAAGUCUAUUUUACAGUGUUCAAAACCUUGAAUAUUUGUUAUUGAAUAAUCAAUAAGAGUAGUCAUUUGACCAGUUCUUCUGGACAUGAAUGAGCAACACGCUAAUUAGUUAAUCCUAGUAGUGAUAUUACACUAAACAAAAAUAUAAACACAACAUGUAAAGUGUUGGCCCCAUGUUUCAUGAGCUGAAAUAAAUUAUCCAAGACAUUUUCCUAUACGUACA